CAGCCGCGUUCACUACCCCAACGAAGCGUGACGCCAACAUGGUCACAGUCUGACGCUGUCUCAGCUUCCAUGGCGCUGAGUGACUGUUCCGAGGAUCCCCAAUCCGAUCCGCUGUCCACGUUGUACCUCCAAACGCGCAGACACGCUCCUGCACGGCCGCCCCCCCCCGCCGCUGCCUGAGCUAGGCUUAGAGAUCCCCAAACAUGAUGGCUUCCAACCUCCUCUCCAAGCUUCUUCCCUCUGCAUCCGACGAUCCCUACGAAACGCAUCCUCUUAACCCCCAGAAUCGCCGCCAUUCUUCUUCGACCGACGAGCGCCACGAUAUGGACAUAGACGAGGAGAACCUGGAGGCGCGCUUUGAAGCCCAGGACUUGGAGCACUUGCUCGCAGAUGCAUCUGCAAGCCAGAUGACAACAGAAAGCACCGCGUUUCUUCCUCAGAACACCGAGCGUGCUCCGCCUGGCAUCAACACUGCGAACAGGACCGCUGCAUGGAGACAGCCGCCUCCCCCUCGAGCUUCCCCUCUAGACGACGACGAUGAUGUGCCGCAGUCGCUUCUGCUGGAGGGUGGACGCGAUACGCCGAAUAUGAAGAGGAACGAGCGCAUUGAAGGACUUCCCCCUCCCGUACCGGGCCCCUCGACACGUCAAACUCGAGCACAAUGGGAAACCACAAGGCGACAACAGCGUCUGCAUGACGAGGGGCAAGAUGCUGCACAAGCGCGGACUUGGGGCCAUUCUGGAAGAACAGGGCAGCUUGCGGCCGAUCCUAAAGAGAAGGCACUCUGGCUCUGGGUCAACCAGACCGAUCUGGAUAGCUUCCUCGCCGAAGUAUACGAGUAUUAUAUCGGAUGCGGCAUCUACUCGAUUCUACUGCGGACCUUUUUGAUGCUCCUGCAAACCGGCUUCGUAGUCGGCUUCUUGACAUUCCUCGGCUGGUGCAUUGACUACUCUAAGAUAUCAAAUAGUCACAAGAUGAGCGAGGUGCUCGUCGAGAAGUGCACGAAGAAAAUGCAUGGCUUCUGGAUCUUCGCGCUCUGGCUGUUCAUCAUCUACUGUCUGUAUUCGCUCUAUCGACUGGUCACAGAUAUACCCAGGCUUCGAGCGAUGCACGACUUCUACCACUAUCUCCUCGAUAUCCCCGACCGCGACGUCCAGACCGUACAAUGGCAGCAGGUUGUCAGUCGGAUCAUGGCGCUGAGAGACCUAAACCUUACCACGGCAUCGAAUCUGUCGCCCGAAGUUCGAAAGCUGCUGGACUCCAAGAGCCGGCAACGGCUCGACGCAGUUGAUAUCGCCAGCCGGCUAAUGCGGCGCGAUAACUAUCUGAUCGCGCUCUUUAACAAAGAGAUUCUAGACGUGAGCAUUCCCAUACCGUUCCUUGGGAACAGGUACAUCUUCUCGGAGACGACAAGGUGGCACGUCAAUCUCGCUAUCAUGGACUUCGUGUUCAGUAGCCCCAAUGGCCAGUUCAAUCAAGACUUCUUAAGGGAGAAAAACCGACGAGAUCUUGUCGCCAAGAUGAAGAAUCGGUUCUUUUGGACUGGCAUCAUCAGUAUUAUCUGUGCGCCCUUCGCAGUGUGUUUCGUUCUUGCAUCGUACUUAUUCAAAUAUUUUACCGAAUAUCACAAAGACCCAUCGCAGCUUGGCGAUCGCGACUUCACGACCUUCGCCCAAUGGAAAUUCCGUGAAUUUAACGAACUACCACACCUGUUCACUCGUCGAAGGAACAUGGCAUAUCCUUACGCAAACCUCUAUCUCGCACAAUUCCCAAAAGACAAGACGGAGCAAAUCUCGUCUUUUGUCGCUUUCGUUGCAGGGGCCUUUGCUUUUGUGCUAGUCGCAUUCACGUUACUCGAUUCGGAGCUAUUCCUCACUUUCGAGAUUACUCCUGGGAAGACAGCAAUUUUCUGGAUCGGCGUGCUCACCACGAUCUACCGAGUUGCUCGAGGGAGCAGCCCCCAAGAUGAUCAGGUAGCGGAUCCAGCGUACUAUCUGAGUCAUGUCAUCUAUCAUACGCGGUAUGAGCCAGCUUCAUGGCAGGAUAGACUCCAUACCGACGAAGUGCGAGCCGAAUUCUCCAAGCUAUACCAGCCCAAGAUCCUCAUCUUCGCCGAGGAAAUCUUGAGCAUGGUCAUCACCCCGUUCUUGCUCAUCUUCCGCCUACCGGGGUGCAGCGAGCGUAUCGUCGACUUCUUCCGCGAGUUCUCCAUUGUCGUGGAUGGCUUGGGAGUCGUGUGUUCAUAUUCUAUGUUCCCCUUUAAGAAGGGCGAGAACAACAUUCCCGCGAAUAGGACCGCUGGGCCUCGGGAAGAUGCAGAGCUGCGUGAAGACUACUUCAUGGCGAAGGACAAUAAGAUGCUCGCAUCCUAUUACGGCUUUCUCGAUACGUACGCCACAUCCGGCCGCGGCUACAACGGACGCUUGCAGGGUAGAGGAAGCUUCCAUCCUCCGCCGGCAUUCCCGAAUACUUUCGGGAACAUGUCGCAGACCGCGCAGCCUAUGGAGGUGGGCGCUCGUGGGUCGAGCAGAGGUCCAGCGGGACGACAGCCCUUGCCUCGCCGGACACCUAGACAUGGGCCCACCUCUGGACCGAGUGAACCAAUCAACUCCAUCCUUCUGGAUCCCCAUCAUCAACCCUCUGCCUCUGCGCUUCGGGCUUCACCACAUCAUGGCCCGCAAGGUAGAUACAGACCGAUGUCCGACCCUCAGGGGCCGACUCGCAUCGAGGAGGAGAGUACGAUUGGUGAUUCGUGGCGGACGAGUCGGCUCGCACAGGACGAUGACGAAGAGGAGGAGGUGCCGGGUGCCAACCGUGGUGGCGUGCUGCAGUUGCUGCAGCAGUUUUCUAGGGCCCAGACUGAGGGUCGUGGGGCUGGUGGCGUCGGCAUAUGAUAUUCUAGCAUGAGCAUUGGGUUUCGGCGUUUGUUUUGGAAUUGGAACAGGUAUUACCCAGGGCGGUUCGUCGGGUUUACGUAGCUCAGGCACACAUGUGCUCAGAAUAAAGACAGUGUCUUU